AUGAUUACUGCAACGGCAGCCUCGGCCAAAUCGGUCGUGUUUCCCUUAUCUAAUCUCUCUUCCGCCUUCCACAGCCUCUCCCUCACCUCAAAACGAAACUUUUCUUCAACGCUUCCCGCUCAGACUACUAGGCAGCUUCCUUCUUAUAUACCUCCUUACCCUUACGGACCAAGGCGGACUUUUAAACAAGCCGAUAGUGGACUAUAUGGCGGCUCAACUAUCCAAUUCGGAAAUAAAAUAUCCAAAGGCAGGAACAAGGGAAAGACAAGAAGAAUUUGGAAACCAAAUGUCGAUAAAGAGAAACUUUAUAGCGAGGCAUUAGGGCAAUGGCUAGAAAUAAAAGUUCAACAUCGUGUCUUACGAACUAUUCGAAAGGUCGGCGGUUUGGAUCAAUAUCUACUUGGUGACAAACCUGCGCGAAUAAAGGAGUUGGGCAUAUUUGGCUGGGGUCUACGAUGGAAGGUCAUGACGUCGAAAGCGAUGAAAAAACGAUAUGAAGAAGAACGAAAGGAGUUGGGACUAGAAAAGCCCGUUACAUUUAAACAGUUUCUUUCCCGAUACACCAUGGAACAACAGGUCAAGGCUGCCGUACACGACCAAGCACAGCAACCGACAGAGCAAUUGGAACUAGAAGUCGAAGAAUCUUUGCCAGAAUCGUCAUCGACACCAAAGCUCAAUGUGGCUUGA